AUGACUGAGAGCAAUGGUGCCGAUGUUUACAUUAUUCAUGAUAACAAUGAAAAAGGCAAAACAGAAGAAUAUCGUUGCCCUGAUGACUCAGCCAAUUAUACAUAUAGUUUUCCAAAUGAAAGUGAUGAAUUUAUCAUAAUCACAGACUCUACAGAAAUAUAUAUAUAUCGGAUACUUCGUUACAAUCUACCAUCAAGAUUAUAUUUCAAAUCAAAUAUUGAUGAAUUAUGCAAAUAUUUACUUAAAAAUGGUGAUACCGAAUUACGCCCAGUUGAGCUUGGUGAAUUAAUCAAUUGCUAUUGUUCAAAUAACAAAUAUGUUUAUAAUGAUAUGGGAAGUGGACCCGAAGAUGUUCGCAAUGUUUUGAAUGAAGGAGUAAAUUAUGUAGGAUACAGUGGUACGCCAAUACCCACCGAUAAAGACUUCUUUGUUGCUCCAUUAUUCGUGCCAGAUCAAGAAGACCAAUCUAGCCCUGGUCAUUUUAUCACAGGAGUUUUUCAAAAACAACCUAAUGGCUCAGAACAUCCAUAUAAACUAUACGUUUUUGAUAGUUGUGGUUUUAGAUCCAGCACUUUACGAUUAGGUUACGAAGAAUAUGAUGAUGAUGCUAAAGUAGAAAUCGAAGUUCCAGUCGAAACUCUCAAUAAAAAAAAUUUACAAAAGAAGUCAGAUACAUGUCCAUACUAUACGUUUGUCGCAGCUCAAAUUUUUUCGACCUAUGAUAAUUUUGCUUCAUUGUUUCGUUUUUGUAAUGCAGAAUUCAGAAAAUCAGGUGACACAAAAAUUGAUGAAGGUGUCAGAGACUUUUUAAUCAAAUAUGGUGUGUCUCCUAAAGCUUUUAGAAAUUUAAGGGACAGAGGAACCUUUGACUGA